AUGUGGGAAUCCUUGAACAACAAAAAAGGAGGAGAAUUGAUUAGCCUUGACAUGAUUCUUAUCGAUGAAGAGGAAAAUCUGAUUCAUGGAAGCAUCUGGAGCAGUAUUGUCCCAAAAUUUAAGAGUCUAUUGCAUGAGGGUGUUCUAUAUGAAAUUAAAAAUUUCAAAGUUGUUCCAAGUGAUGGGAAUUCAAGGCCUCUCGCAAAUGAUAUCAAGAUCAUCUUCCAGAAAUUCACUUCCAUUAAAAAAUUAGAAGAAGAUAUUUUCAGCAUCCCUAAAAAUGGCUUCCAAUUUAUUUCAGCCAAUUUAGUGCACUCGCGUGUCAAUGACGACACAAUUCUAUCAGGUAUUAUCUAUUUUGCUACCACAAGCGCUAGCAAAAUAUUCAUAAAUUUAAGAAUAAACUAUGUUUCUUCUUUAAUUGAAAGAUUCACAACUGUUGCAAAUGGAGUCCACUUUAUAGAAAACGUGGAUGAGAAAAAGCGUCGUGAUGAAGAUAUGCUUCUAGAAAGGAUGAUUAUUAAUGACCUAUUAUGUGCUACUUGGGAUAAAGGCAUGAAGGUUCCCUUCAUAAUUGUUAGAGGGAAAAUCACUAGCGUAGUGUCCUUAUUGGGAUGGUUUUACAUGGGAUGCAAAGCUUGCUACAAACAACUAACCACCAUAAACGGUGGUUAUUUUUGUGAAAAUUGCAAGGCAGAAUUUGAAUUUCCUCUUGUGUUGUAUAAAAUACACAUAAGAAUCAAAGACGAAACUGGAGAAACCAGUUGUGUUUUGUUCAAUAUGGUUGCUGAAAGAGUGCUUGACACUUCAUCACACAAAUUGCUUAACAAACAACCAAUAGGUAGUGACGAUGUUCCAGCAGAGGUUCAUACUCUCAUCGGAAAAUAUUAUGUCUUUAAACUAAAAUUAAACGAGUAUAAUAUUAUACAUGGACGCGGAGAUUUUACAGUGACUAGCAUAUGGAUUUCUGAUGAGCAAGUACAAAAAGAUUAUGACACUGAAAAUGUUGGAAAGGGAAAAACACUUUCAUCCAAAUUUGAAAGCACUUCUCGGAAGGGGGAGAAACCGGUUGCAAAGGAUUUUACUUUUGUUGCUUCUACGGAGGAUGAGAAAACAAGUGAUGCUGAAACACAUUCACCAACCAAGAAGAAAAAAAGAGUUGUUAAGGACGAUGAGGAAGGUUCUUGCAACUAA